ACCAUUUAGUUAACUUCACUUCACCCAUUUUGCUACGACAAACGCAAUUCGCUCACGUGCGCGCUCUCCUCCUUCCAUGGCUAUUCCUCUUCAAUUCUCUAGUAUAUCCACUCGCACAGAUCUCUCCUUGCCGGAGACUAGAACUUUCAGGUUACCGAAACCUUUCUCCGUCAUCAGAUGCUCCGCCGGCGAACCUGUUCCUUCCUCGUCGGCUACUGCUGAGUCAGAGUUCGAUGCUAAGGUUUUCCGGAAGAAUCUGACCAGAAGUGCUAAUUACAAUCGUAAAGGUUUUGGACACAAAGAAGCUACUCUUGAACUCAUGAAUCGCGAAUAUACCAGUGAUAUCAUCAAGAAAUUGAAGGAGAAUGAAUUUGAGUAUACAUGGGGAAACGUAACCGUAAAACUUGCAGAGUCCUAUGGUUUCUGUUGGGGGGUUGAGCGUGCAGUUCAGAUUGCUUAUGAAGCGAGGAAACAGUUUCCAACAGAGAGGAUUUGGAUAACUAAUGAAAUUAUUCACAACCCCACUGUGAAUAAGAGGCUAGAGGAUAUGGAUGUUAAGAACAUUCCACUUGAGGAAGGGAAGAAAAACUUUGAUGUUGUUGACAAGGAUGAUGUUGUGGUUUUGCCUGCUUUUGGGGCUGCUGUUGAUGAAAUGUUGGUUUUGAGUGAUAAAAACGUACAAAUUGUUGAUACAACCUGCCCGUGGGUGACUAAGGUUUGGAACACGGUUGAAAAGCACAAGAAGGGAGAAUAUACCUCCAUUAUCCAUGGUAAAUAUGCUCAUGAGGAAACUGUUGCGACUGCAUCCUUUGCUGGGAAAUACAUCAUUGUGAAGAACAUGGCAGAGGCAACUUAUGUCUGUGAUUAUAUUCUUGGAGGUAAACUUGAUGGUUCUAGCUCAACCAAAGAGGCAUUUAUGCAGAAAUUUAAAUAUGCAGUUUCUGAAGGGUUUGAUCCGGAUGUUGACCUUGUAAAAGCUGGUAUUGCAAACCAAACAACUAUGUUGAAGGGAGAAACAGAAGAUAUUGGGAAGUUGGUCGAGAGGACCAUGAUGCAAAAAUAUGGGGUGGAAAAUGUUAACAACCACUUCGUAAGUUUCAACACUAUAUGCGAUGCCACACAAGAGCGUCAAGAUGCAAUGUAUAAGCUGGUUGAGCAAAAGCUGGAUCUUAUGUUAGUGAUUGGUGGCUGGAACUCAAGUAACACUUCACAUCUACAGGAGAUUGCAGAGGAACGUGGAAUUCCCUCAUACUGGAUUGACAGUGAACAGAGAGUAGGUCCUGGAAACAAAAUAAGUUACAAGUUAAUGCAUGGUGAGUUGGUUGAGAAAGAGAACUUCUUACCGGAGGGUCCUAUUACAGUUGGGGUGACAUCUGGUGCAUCCACCCCCGAUAAGGUUGUUGAAGAUGUCCUUAUCAAGGUGUUUGAUAUCAAGCGCGAGGAAGCCUUACAAUUGGCCUAAACAAGAUUGGAACUCUUUUAAGAUAAUAGGAGUGCUGCAAUUUGGUUCCACCCCCCAAAAAAACUGUAGGCUAUGCUGUAUGUGCUAGCUCAACUAUGCUAAAUAACAUGUUCUUGUAGAUGUACAACUCAGUUUUUAUAAUAUUAUUAUAAAUAUGCCGCUGUCCAGCUCUCAAA